AUGGCUCCUCGCUACCUCGUCCUCGUUCGCCACGGCGAGUCCGCAUGGAACAAGGAAAACCGCUUCACUGGCUGGACUGAUGUCCCCCUCUCUGAGCACGGUUUGAAGGAGGCCCGCGAGGCGGGAGAUAUGAUCCGCGACAAGGGUUUGAAGUUCGACGUCGCAUACACCAGCGUCUUGAAGAGAGCUGUCGAGACCUGCUGGACAGUCUUGAUGCACUCCAACCAGUGCUACCUCCCCAUCAAGAACACAUGGAGACUUAACGAACGUCACUAUGGUGCUCUGCAAGGAUUAAACAAGGCAGAGACUGCAGCAAAGCACGGCGAGGAACAGGUAAAAAUAUGGCGCCGCGCCUACGCCGUUCCUCCUCCCCCUCUUGAGCCCGAAGACAAAAGGAAUGCAAAAUUUGAGGAAAAAUACAAACAUUUACCUCAGGAGGUAUUGCCUCUUACGGAGUGUCUUAAGGAUACAGUAGAAAGAGUCCUUCCUUACUACUUCGAUGAGAUCGCUCCUGCGCUCUUGGCUGGACAGAACGUCUUGGUUGUUGCUCAUGGCAACAGUCUUAGAGGUUUAGUAAAACAUUUAGACAAAAUGUCUGAGGAAGAUGUCUUAGAAUUGAAUAUUCCUACGGCUGUUCCUCUUGUUUAUGAAUUAGAUGAACAUCUUAAGCCUAUUAAGAAGUACUAUCUUCUUGAUGAGGAAGAAGUAAAGAAGAGGAUUGCCGCCGUGGCAAAUCAGGGGAAGGCUAAGGAGGGCGAGGCGGCGCAACAGCAGCAAGGCGGAGCAGCACCUGCUGCAGCAGCACCUGCAGCAGCAGCACCUGCAGCAGCAGCACAAGCUGCAGCAGGAGCAGCAGCAGGAGGAGCAACACCAACAGGAAAGAGUGCGCAUAGCAAGAGAGAGAAAUUGAAGUCUCUAUUCAAGAGGGGAGACUAA